CACCAGUGAAGUCGUGGGAGCCUUCCGUUGCCGCCGUACGUCGAGCUGUCGUCCGUCCAGCUGAGCUGUUAAAGCGGUGCGCGAGCGAGCACCAAGCUCACGGCUCACCCACAAGCCGAUCGUUAAAAAUAAGAAUAACCCAGUGGCCGAGGAACUCGGCAAUUAAAAUCCCGAGGAAUAAUCGACGCGUCCUUUAACCGAAUUUAAAAACCGACAGGGGCUGCGGGCGGGAGGAGAGUUAAAGGGUUCGCGACACACGGGAGAGAGGAGAAAGGAGAGGUUUAAUUCAAGUUAAGUCGAACGUCACUGUCGACGUGACUCUUUAUUUUUUUGAACAUCAAGUGUAAUUGUGCAGUGAUUGAGGUAAAUUCAGGGGAUUUUGCUGCUCUGGUGAUGAGUGAGUGAAGGGUGGAGCCCCGGAUACAGCGGUUAAAGGGCCGGUUUUCGCGUGCAAUUGGGCAUUGAUCGGUAUUUCGGGGGUUCUUUGAUCGUUAUUUUUGGCGAGUGGUGAUCGGCAUGGCUGGACAGACCAUCAACGACAGGCUUUUGGCCGCCCGACACAGUAUCGCCGGUCAGGGAUUGGCGAAAUCGGUAUGCAAGGCCACCACCGAGGAGAUGAUCGGACCCAAGAAGAAACACUUGGACUAUUUAAUACACUGUACCAACGAGCCGAAUGUCUCGAUACCCCAACUCGCCAAUCUCCUGGUGGAACGUUCGCAGAACACAAACUGGACAGUUGUAUUCAAAGCCCUAAUUACGGUACACCAUAUGAUGUGUUAUGGAAACGAGAGAUUCACGCAGUACCUCGCUUCGAGCAACAGCACGUUCCAGCUCAGCAACUUCCUGGACAAGAGCGGUGUGCAAGGAAUUCUGGAUAGGAUUAACGUUCCGGUGAAUGAACUAAGCCUGUUUUUAAGGUACGAUAUGUCGCCUUUUAUCAGACGAUACGCUAAAUACUUGAAUGAGAAGGCGAUGUCUUACAGAAGUGUUGCCUUUGAUUUCUGCAAAGUCAAGAGAGGGAAAGAGGAUGGCACAUUACGUACAAUGAACGCCGAGAAACUACUCAAGACAUUACCAGUGUUGCAAGCACAACUCGAUGCACUCCUUGAAUUCGACUGUUCUGCUAAUGAUCUUACGAACGGCGUCAUCAGUAUGUGCUUCAUGCUCCUCUUCAGAGACCUGAUAAGGCUCUUUGCUUGUUAUAACGACGGAAUUAUAAAUUUAUUGGAGAAGUAUUUUGAUAUGAAUAAGAAGCAGUGUCGCGAUGCCCUGGAUUUGUACAAAAAAUUCUUAAUACGGAUGGACAGAGUUGGAGAAUUUCUCAAAGUUGCUGAGAAUGUUGGCAUCGACAAGGGAGAUAUUCCAGACCUGACGAAGGCACCGAGCAGCCUACUGGACGCCUUGGAGCAACAUCUGGCUUCUCUAGAAGGGAAAAAAGGCUCGGCAGCUAACACACCCACUCAGUCCGCCAGCAGCAAUAGAACGAAUGUUAAGUCGGGAGUGUCCGCACUAUCUUCCACCAGUACGGCGUUCGGAACAGCAGCUAGCAAUGCACGUCUUGAUCAGACUGGGAAUGGACAUAUUGAUGAGGCGUUGAGGCAACAGGCACUUGCUGAGGAGGAGGCUGCCAUGAACCAAUACAAGGCAAAAGUACAGUCGCCAUCCGGAGGACCGAGCACCAAUCCAUUCCUUGCAUCACCAACAGGUGGAAAUCAACCAAUCGUUGAUUUAUUCAGUUCUGCAUCUGCUAAUGAGGCUCAAAAAGCUUCAGACGAUUUGCUCCAACUGGCGGGCAAUCCCUUUGCGGAUAUGUUCGGAGCCCCUCAGCCUGGGGCUCCAGUCCAACCAGCCCCGCCAGGAAAUACCAUGUGGAUGGCCAACGGUAAUGGUUUCGUCGCACCAACACCGCCAGCAAGUAAUAACUUUGUUACAGAUAACAACUUCUCGUCCGUGUUCGGUGGUCAAGAUCAACAGACGACUGCCGCUCAGGGAUCGGCCGUACCUAAUCCUUUCAUGGCGGAUUUUUCCGCUCCCCAACCGGUUAAUACAGCAUCGAGCAUCGGACUGUUCGAUCAGUCAUCAGCAUCAGAUCAACAAAAGGGCGGAGACCUUUUCAGUGCUGGGGGACAGGCUGAUCUAUUUGGUGGUGAAUCAGCAGAUAAUAAAAUUGAUACGAGUGAAAUGGAUUACUCUGGUGUGCAAUCAGGCGUUCAAGUCACUGGUAUAAAUGCCAAAUCAACUGCUACUCCACCACCAAGACCGCCUCCUCCCGCAGCUGGUAGUAAUGAUACACCACGUGCAGCAUCACCAUCGGGUGGUGCAACAUCGAGUAAAAGUGCAUUCGACGAUUUGAAUGAUAGUAUACGUAUGGCUCUGGGUGGGUCUCCGUCUCGUCCAUCGCCCGCUGUGCAACAACCACCACACGUGCAACAAAUAACACAACAGCAAUUAACACAACAGCAAGGCUUUGGAGUGUUUGACGUGACUGGUGGUGGUGUACAAGCGGGAACUGGACAAACCGUUGUCGGUACUGUAACCGGUUAUGGUGUCCCUACUACCCAAGUACCCGUUGGAUACGGCUCUCCGGUCAAGCAGCCAAUGGCAGGUUUCGAUGGUGUGGGCUCGGUGUUAAUGCCAUCUUCUACGACUGUGUCUGGAGCUAAUAACGUUUCAGCUGCUGGACAAACUGGGGCUUCUACUGGGGGGAGCAAAGUACUCACUGGGGAUCUUGACAGCAGUUUGGCGAGUCUCGCGCAGAAUCUUAGCAUCAAUAAGAGUGCACAGCCUCAAGUCAAGGGAAUGCAAUGGAACUCGCCAAAAAAUACAGCGAAAACUGGAGGACCUGCUGGCUGGACACCUCAACCGAUGGCAGCCACCACUGGUGCCGGCUAUCGACCGAUGGGCCAAGGAAUGACGCAACUUCCUCCAACCACCACUUUUGGCUUUCCCACCCAGCCCGCACCACUGGGUAUGCAAGGUAUGCCAAUGGGAAUGCAGGGCAUGAGGCCGAUGAUGGGUGGUAUACCAGGUGCCCCAGCAGCCCCUGGUGGGAUGAUGGUGGCCAGUGGUAAUGCGCCUAUGAUGAUGCCAGGUAGUAACCCUAUGAUGGGAGCAACAAUUCAACAACAACCGCCCCAAUCAAAUCAACCCCAGGGUAAUGCGGUUCAACUUGAUCCCUUUGGUGCCCUGUGAAAGGACUAGGAAUAGGAGUCCCGUUGGAAUUAAAGAAUAACACGGAGCACCAAUACUGUAAAUACUGUGUAAUAUGCCUACAAAAUGUGCCCGGCUUUAUUUCAUUGACUUGCAUCAACAGUUCUCUCUUGAUCUGCCUUACCACUAAAAUCAGUCCACCAUCUAGACAUCGAGGAUCACAGUGUGUCCAUUAAAUUCGUGUCAAUAUCGACGAUACCAUCAUUUUUAGCAUGUGUAUAAAAUCCCCACAUGUAACAAGGCCCAGAGUGCUUAGUGAAUGACCGAUGAUCGCAAACAGUUGCAUAAAAAUAAAAUGAAAAAUCAUGUGUUUCAUUGAUAUUGGGAUGCGCGCCUCAGGUACUGUGUUUAUUAUUAGAGUGUGUCUGCAAAUCGAGUUUAUCCAUUGCGUUAUUGGCCACCCCAGAAGCGUGUGUGCCUGCCAAAGAUAUUUUUGGGAUUAAAAUCACCUUUUAAAAGUCAUGAUUUAUCGUUCUCAAUUGUCAUGUUCACGAGAAUUUUUCGCAAUAAUUUAUUUUUUAUCCAAAAUUAGGAGAGUGGAUGGAAAACAACUGAGUAUAUUUCGUUAUUCAUGCAUGAUGAGAAAUGAUUUUUUUUUUUUCAAUUGUUUCCGUCGAAACAAUUGCCAGUGGGAGGAGGAUAUUUGUAGUAUAUCUUUGUUGUACAUUAUUAAUUCGUUUUUUUUCCAUUAUUAUUGAUAACUUUUUUGCAAUAAUUUUCGUUAAGCCGGUGGACGGUUGGAGGUACAAGUAUUAUAUAUGGAGAUGUCAUAGAAUCAUCUUGUUGCGCACGUUAUCCAUUACACGUGCGGACUAUAAUAUGUACAGGCGUUCGUAUAUAAAUAUUAUAUAUGUAUAGAAAUGAGAGGAAUAAAUAAUGUUAUAAUUUUUAGGGUAAACGAUGAAUGUUCUUUCGUUUUAAUGCUCCGAUAUAAUUCACCUGGAUUAUAUUAUUUAAAGUGUUGAGGAGGUGAAUUAUGAAUUAUGAUACUCGUGUGGAUCCUUAUGAUACUCAGUCUGAGGAUUUGUUUAUUAUUAUUUUUUCUCUGGUGAUUGUUCUGUUUUUUUUUCAAGCAUGAUCCCUUUUGAAUUGUAUAUUUGAAUCAAUUAUUUCUCGUUCAAUUGGAAAAUUUAAAGUGAACCGAGUUUAUUAGAUAGAACUGUACUAGUCGAUUUGACUGUUUGAAAUGACCUAUGUAUUAUCGGAAAAUCAUGAUCAUGAAGGAAAAAUGUGGGGAAAAAGUAUAUUUUGAACGACUCGUACUGGCAUUUAGGUGUUUUUUCCAGUAGUGGAAUUAAAUAUUUGUAUUAUAUCGAUUUAAUGAGAGAAAGAUUAUCUAUGAAUUAUCACGGCAGAUGUAGUCUAGUUAAAUAUCAGCAGUUUAGGAGGCACACGGAGGGAUCAGAUACAUUUCCUGUAGCAUUAGGUGAUUGAAUUCACUUGAUAAAGUGUUUAAAUUCCUCUUUAAUAUCAGACAAUUGGACUUUAAUUGUCUAGUGAAAAUUUUUAAAAGAGAUUAUUCAAUAUUUUACGCACAAUAUAGGUGAAUUCCUCAUUAAUAAUUGGUGAAAUUUAUUGAGUUGGUUGUUCAAUUUGUCUGGUAUUGAGGGUCGAUGCUAACGAAUAAUUCAAUGAAUAAUAGAAUAAUCAGCCCGAAAUGUAGAUGGCAAUCCAUCUCUACUGGUCAUUAAAUGUAACAGGACAAUAUUACGUGUAUUAUCCGUACAUCAUAAAGAAAAGAGAAAUGAAUAUAAGUGCUGUAAACGAAGAGGUACACCUUGCUAGGCUAGAUAAUCAAUAAUUACCCAUUGAUCUAAAUGAAUUGACAAAUUCUACAGGCCCAUAAACUCAGUGCACCAGACCAUUUGACGAUUAUAAUCCGGUGCAUGAAUAUUUAUUCAAAUCCUAUAUAUUGUUCGAAAGAUGAAGCAUAUUCUCAUAAAAAAACGGCGAUUAUGACAAAAUCCAAUGUAUGAUAAGUAAAAUAAAAUUGUUGAAACAGAUAUUGGUAUUUCGGCAAUAAUGGCUUCGAUAUUUAUGGAAAAAUCAGACAAACUGCUUUAUUGUUAAUUAGUUUCUAUGCAGACUAUGCAUUCUGUGGACGCAAUGAGGAUAUUUGAACAUUUGUGAAGGGCAAUAACAUUCCCGGAAUGCUAUUGCGGCAUGCCAAUGACAAAAUCAACGCUUUAGUCGAAUUGAAUGAAUUGUGAAUAUGUAUAAAAUGGGGAAAGGGAAUAUUCUUUACUCUGUUGCAUAACGGGCGAAUUCAGUCUUAAAUGAAGUAGCAAGUGAAAAACCGAACGUUGAAUUGAUUGUAGAAUUCAUUGAUUGUUUGUAUCGCAGAGAACACGAGCUGAAUGAACAAUCGUGAGGGAUUAGUGGAUGAGAUAUAUUGUAGAAUAUGAACGAAAUAAAACAGAUGUCCAUCGUAA